UUAGGCGCAUAACCAAUAUCACUACGAAUAAAUGAUAUAAAUAAUAAAAUAAAAGAUAAUAAAUCAGAAACAAAUUUCCUAAUGAGUGAAAAAACUGAUGGAGUUCGAUAUAUGAUGAUAAUAACAAAUAAAGGUAAUAGCUAUUUGACAGGAAGAAAUACAGGAUAAAAUAAAUAAUACAAGUUACAUAAAACAAAUAUUUAAUUAUAAAGCAAAAUUUUUUCAAACAAAUAAGACAAAUCUAUAGAAAUAAUUGAAAUAUUUGACGGAGAGUUAAUAAUGGAUCAACACGGUGAAGAUUUUUACUUAAAAUAUUUAAUUUUUGAUUGUAUUCUUCAUUUUGGAUAAAAAAUAAAUAACAAUCCUUAUAUUUAGCGUUUAACAGAUGCCUUAUAUUUUUUAGAUUAUAAUAAUAUGUUCUUUGAAAUAAUUGGACAAUAAAUACCUUAACCCUCUAAAUAUAACUUUAAUAUUUAAUAACAAUAAACAGAAAAUAAUUCAGAAAUGAAUAUCGAUGAUGAAGAUAAUCUAAUAUUAGACGAAUAAAUAGUGAAUUACAUAUUUUUAUGUGUUAAAGAUUUUUAUAAAUAUAAAUAUGUUUAAUUUAUGUUUGAUCAAUAUAUUCCUACACUUCCUCAUAGUAAUGACGGAUUAGUAUUUACUAAAAAUUUAUCAGCAUAUAAACCCGGAACUGAUGAAAACAUAAUAAAAUGGAAGCCGCCUUCAAUGAAUACUAUUGACUUCUUAUUAGUUCCAAAUACUGAUAGCAUUUUAGACGAGUUUAAUGAUUAUGAAGAAGAAUUGGAAGGGAAGGUUCUUGAUUUAUAUGUUAUGGAACAUGUUUAAGAAAGAGAUUAAUAUGAAAUUAUUUUUUUUGAUUUUAUGAUAACUGAAAAAAAGUUUUAUAAUCAUAUAAGAGAACUAUUAACAAAAAAAGAGGGAGCAAAAGGAAUAGUAGCAGAAUGCAAAUGGGCAAAUGCGAACAUAUAAUAAUAAAAGUUAUUAGAAAUUAUAUAUAAGGAAAGUACAGAUAAAUUAAUGAGAUGUCCAGAAUAUAAAAGCGAUUAUAAAAAAGAGAACGUAAGAUUAUGGGUUUCUUAAUAAAAAACAAGUUAUAAAACUCAAUAAUAUAAAUAAUGUUGGGUAUAUGAUAGAAUUAGAGAAGAUAAAAACUAAGCAAACAAUAUAAAAAUAGCUAAAGAUAUAGUAAGCUCAAUUAAAGAGAAUUUAGAUAAAGAUAAACUUGUAUAAAUUUUAACUGGAAAAUGA